AUGACUAGCCCUGCGAAACAAAGCGCCUCAAGAUGGGGGUCAUUUUUGUCACAAGCAGUAGGAGGGUUGGAAUCAAGAUUAGAUAAUAUAUUGGCAGAAGGACAAGAAGGGCAAGCAAACAGAUCAGCUCCUACAGCUGGCAGUACAGUUGCAGCAAAACCAGAGGCAGCAAUUUCUCGAAGUGGAUCAAAUAGUAGUAGGACAAACGAUCGAUUACAAGAACGUCUAGCAAGGGCAGUAGCUGCAAAGAAUGCACAGAAAUCCGGUACACAAUCAAUAUCUUCUAAUGUGCCUUCGAGAACUGGUAGUCCAAUCACAGUUGGUGAAAGUCCAAGGCAAAGUCUAGAUGCGAGUUCUAGUGUAGGAGGUGACGAGGCUGUCAAACCAAUUUCGCAAGACUUUGGGUCUGCCGCAAAUAAGAAUGCUGUCGAAUUGGAUGCGCCUACUGUGGAGGUUCGACCAAGUACUCCAGUCACUGAACCCGCUUCAGAUUCCCUUCAGCCAUCACCCAGUAUAAGUGCCUUGAAGGCUGAACCAACUUCCCGUUUAUCGACGGAUUCUACUAGAUCUAAUAUACCUAGAGGAUCUAUUGAUUCUAUUCAACCAUUGGAGCCGAUAUCACGCUCAUCGGUUGAUGAGCUACCGGCGAUUAUUUCAGCUCCAGAUGUGGUUUCGGCGUCAAAAACCCCGGCUGAACUAGAGGCUGCGCUCAACCAGCUUCAAUCAGACUAUGAAACCUCAGAAUUACAAAGACAGGAGGAAAUUCAUGGAUACAUAGAACGAAUUGAUGCACUGCAGGCAAAAUUACAGUAUUUAGCAAAAGAAAGUCUAGAAUCGGCUAGCAUUGCUAAGAAUGCUGCACCAUCAGGUAGCCUGGAAAGAAAAUUGGCCGAUAAAGAACAGCAAGUCAUUUUACUCAUGGAAGAGGGCCAGGUUUUGUCUAAGAAGGAGUUAACCCAUAUGACGACAAUCAAAAAGCUUCGUGCCAAAAUUCUUGAGAACAACAAAGAAGUCGCGGAAACCAAAAAGAAACAGGAAAAGUUUGAGAAGGAGGCUGCAUCUCUGGCAGAGCGCCUUAAACGAGCCGAGGGUGCUGAGAAGAGUCUGAAUGAGAGGAACAACGUGAUUAAUCGACUUCGAAAGGAGCUUGAUGCGGUUAAGAUCGAGAGAGAUACCAAGGAUACGAUAAUCGCAAAUUUAAAAACUCAACUUGAAGAUGAUGCUGCUCAAGAAAAACAAGCAGAGGCAAAAAUUGCUCAUGAAGCACUUGAGGCCGAGAAGAAACGUGUUGCUGAGCUUGAGGAUGAUAUUUCUAACCUCAAAAUUGGGAAGCAGCUUGUUAAUGACAGAGCACAGAUACAAGUUAAGGAGCUCAGAGAAAAGAUGGACAGGGAAGCGGAAAAUGCUCGAAUUGCAGCUCUUGAAAUGAAAAAUGAGCAACAAAUGCUAGAGAGUAAAUUAGAGGUUAUGAGAGCUAGAGCUGAAGAAGUAUCAUCUGGUGCUACAGGAGAUGCGCAAGCAAAACUUCUACGUCAAAUCGAAACCUUGCAAACACAAUAUGCUGUUGCAAGUGAGAAUUGGCAAGGAAUUGAAGCUUCAUUAACGGCACGUGCAACUAGUCUAGAAAAGGAGAGAGAUGAAGCGACUAAGCGAGAAGCUGAGGUUAGACGAAAAGCUCGUGAAGUGAGUUUGAAAGCUAAACGCAAUGAAGAUGAACUGGAAGAAACUAGGUCGAAAUUACCCAAUUUUCAACAAGAACUUUCCGAACGAAAUGCUCAAUUAGAUGAUCUCAAAAAACGUGUCGAAGAGGCUGAAGCUGCAUUAGUAUCAGCCAAGGCCGAAUUUGAGGAUGAGAAACAGACAUGGAAUUCUGAAAUGCAACAAAGAUUGUUGGAUGAGAAACAAAAAUGGCUUGAAGAAAUUUCUCUCAGUGGUCGCGGAGAUUCACCUGUAGCGACAAGUCGAAGGGGUUUAACAUCAGAAUAUUUGGGCUUACAAAAUAUGCAAUUGAGAAGGACCUCAGGUAGAUCUACAACUGGUGAAGCUACUCCAGAGAGACUUUUACGUCGUCAAUCUGGUCAACUACCUUCAAAAUCUCCAGAUCCUGGAACACCUGUCAGACAUGAUUCAACGACAUCAUUAACACAUUCUAUCUCGUUAAAUUCAAUCGCUACAAAUGGGACAGGCGAUAGAAGUGAUUUUAAACCACAAACACCAUCUCUUCAUACGCUAGAUCAGGAUGAUUUCUUCGAAAAUCAUAGAUCUUCAUCCCCUCAACAAACUCUUCACGAUAUAAUAUCCACUUCAACUGCUGGUGCAGGACCUAGCGUCCAACUCGUUGAAAGAAUGAGUUCCGCAGUUCGCAAAUUAGAAAGUGAAAAAGUGGCCACGAAAGAAGAAGUGGCUAGAUUAGCCGCUCAGCGUGAUGAAGCGAGAACGGAAAUUGUAGCGUUAAUGAAGGAGGUAGAAAGUAAGAAGGAAGUAGAAAUGAGGGUUAAGGAAUUAGAAGAAGAGGUUAGAGGUGUGAAAGAGAGGUAUGAGGUUACGCUUGAGUUACUUGGGGAAAAGAGUGAGGAGGUGCUGGAGUUGAGGGGAGAUGUAGAGGAUAUUAAGGCGAUGUAUAAGGAGCUUGUUGUUAGAAGUGUGGAGUAG